AUGGAUUUCUACGCUCCAGCACCUCCUCAACCGAGGUUCAAUUCAUUCAAUGGACUAAAUCGAUCAUUCAAUCAACUUCACACUUCAUCCCCUUUCCAGCGAAGUGACCCAGGACCCGGCAAGACAGCCAAUGCCUCAAAAGAUACCAAUGAUAUAGCCAAGUACCAGUUCUGGCCAGAAGCCAUUGCUAUGGGUACGCUGACAGGCAAAACAUUCACCCAAAUAUUAGGGGCUGGCUGUGAAAAAGGGGUCAACUACGACGACUGGAAUCGACAUGGAAAAUCAUUUAUCGCUUUCGACUUCAAGAAAGAACAGCUAGUACUAAGAGCAGAAAUGAAACUACCUCGAGACAGGUUACCACCAGCACUCCCUCCUCUAGAUGCCGAGUUGUCAUUUGACGACAUCACUUCACACGGAUUCUACGUCACUUACGAGAUGGUGGGAGGGGUAUAUAACGUUGUAGUUACCGUAAGCUGUCGACGACCGCCCAAAUUCUAUCUGAAAUUCGAGGAUGCCCACCUUCUACGAGAGACCGAUAGGAAAGGGUUCAAACAGGAUCGUAGGAGGGCCACCGCAAUGGAUUUUGCUAUAUCUGCUGGCGUGCCCGAACGCGACGCUGGUCCUAUCAAGUCUGUUCCAGAAGGACCUUGUGGUUUUCCUACCUUUUGGAAUACCUAUAGAUGGACUUUCAAGUUGGACGUAAAGGGAUACAACACUCUCAUUGGGUGUACCCAGAAGAUCCGAGCGCUGGCAGAGAGCGAUCCAGAGAUGAACCUCAUGUCAAAUUUCAGGACUGAUACUAGGUGGCAAGUCCACAAACUCGAUGCCACUGCAAUGGAUCAGCUCUACGGUCCACCCAACUUGAACACUAUACGGUUUUCAGCUAGAACGUUGAUCGAAGGUCUAAUUGCUCACAAUAUCCUUCGUCCAGGAGAUAUCAGAGCUCUGUUAAUCGCCCUUCAACAAGUGGCUGUUGUCGCUGGCUUCCAGGAUAGGAUAUUGGAGAGUUUGUACAGCUACCACGAGAGGAUAAGGGAUGUAGGCGAAGUAGUGAAGAAAACUGCAAGCUAUCUGAGAAGGAAAGAACGUCCAAAUCUCUCUCAUUUAGUCUUAAUUAGAACAGUACAAGUGACACCUACACGAGUACUCAUCGGACCACCCCAGCAAGAGUCAUCUAACAGUGUAACCAGGCAGUACAAAGAUCGUCUACAUGGUAUCAUCCGUGUACAGUUUACGGACGAGGAGGAUAGACUAUACGUGGGAGAUCUAAAACAAAUGGAUAAUCUUCGGCCCGAGGUCGGUAUCAUGGCGAGAGUUCGUCGAGCGCUUCACCACGGUCUCGUCGUAGGUGGUCAAACCUUCUACCCAGUCGCCUCGUCGGCUUCUCAGCAAAAAGACCACGCCAUCUGGUUCGUAGACCAUAAGGUGAUCGACGGACUUGCCUUGCGGAAGUGGAUGGGCAGCGUCACUGAGACCGUCAUCGCCAAACAUGCCGCACGAAUGGGACUACCUUUCAGCACCAGUCGGAUCGUUGAUAUCAAUAUCAAAGUUGGAAAGGAACUACCAGAUAUCAAGCGUAAUGGUAGGACAUUUACGGAUGGUGUAGCAGUAGCCGGCCAGGACGUGCUUAUACAGGCAGCGUUGGCUCUUGGAGAGCACAAAGGUCUCAAUGCCAAACCUUCUGCUAUCCAGUUCCGACUAGGGGGAGCCAAAGGUGUACUAGCCUACUGGCCUGGUUUGGUCGAGCCUCAAGAAGUGCGUUUACGAAAAUCAUUGAUCAAAUUCGAUAGCGACUUGGCGGAUUUGAAUGUCGUAAGAAUCGCCAAGUAUCAAGUAGCCUUUUUGAAUCGACAAUUCAUCAAUAUCAUGUAUGCAAAUGGUGUGCCUAGUGCAUUGAUGGUAGAGAUCUUUCAAGAUGCAGUAGCUCACAUCAAAGGCCUGAAGGACCGAGUAGCUGCUAGGAAGAUGACCAAAGACGAUCAUCAAUUGAUUGGAUUGUGUUCUGCUUUCCCCUUGACACAACUAAUUAAAGCUGGAUUCCAUAAAAACCCCUUUGUUCUUGAUAUAGCUUCUAUCAUCGAAUGUAGGGCUCUCCAAGACCUCAAGUGGAGAGCUAGAGUCAAAUUGCCAGGAGGGGUGUUCUUGAUCGGUAUCGCGGAUGAGACGGGGACUCUAAAAGAAGGGGAAGUCUUCUGUCAAUUUCAAGAGAAUGAGGAGGGGUCGAAGCCUAAAGUGGUCUUGGGUGAAGUACUCGUCUGUCGAGCUCCAGCUCGUGAUGUAAGACGUGCGCGUGCUGUGGACAAUCCCAGGUUGAGGCAUCUUAACAAUGUCAUUGUUUUCAAUGUUCAAGGGGAGCGAGAUUUGCCUAGCAUGCUGGGAGGGGGAGAUCUAGACGGUGAUGACUACACCUUGAUAUGGGAUCAACGAUUCGUCACAUCGCUCAACGUCUACGAGCCAAUGCAUUAUGAGGCUCCGGCACCUAUCAAGGUCGACAAAGUGACCCAGGCGCACUUGAACGAGAACUUCUGCUCAUACAUUUUGAACGAUGUCCUCGGUCAAGUCGAUAAUUGUCACCUCGCCUUAUCUGAUAUGCUCACUCCGUUCCAUGAAGAUUGCCUACAGCUGUCUGAUAUCCAUUCUACUGCGUAA